CGGCAGACGCGGCACCUCCGCGGGGACGCUGAGGGGCCGGGAAGCGGCGGCGAGCCUUGGGCUGCCCACUUGCGCCGUCAUGGACGCGGCCGAGGUGGAGUUUCUGGCCGAGAAGGAGUUAGUGACCAUCAUCCCGAACUUCAGUCUGGACAAGAUCUACCUCAUCGGGGGGGACCUGGGGCCCUUCAACCCCGGCCUACCUGUGGACGUGCCUCUGUGGCUGGCGAUUAACCUGAAACAGAGACAGAAGUGCCGGCUGCUGCCCCCGGAGUGGAUGGACGUGGAAAAAUUGGAGAAGAUUAGGGAUCAUGAGCGGCAGGAAGAAACUUUUACCCCUAUGCCUAGCCCUUAUUACAUGGAACUGACCAAACUCCUGUUAAAUCAUGCUUCAGACAACAUCCCGAAAGCAGAUGAGAUCCGGACCCUGGUCAAGGAUGUGUGGGACACUCGCAUAGCCAAACUCCGGGUGUCCGCUGACAGCUUUGUGAGGCAGCAGGAGGCGCAUGCCAAGCUGGAUAACUUGACCUUGAUGGAGAUCAAUACCAGCGGGGCUUUCCUUACACAAGCGCUCAAUCACAUGUACAAACUCCGUACAAACCUUCAACCUUCCGAAAGUGCCGAGUCUCAGGAAUUCUAGCGAAGGACCUCUGAUCUGUGAAGGCCUGGCCUGCCGGCAGGGGGCUUGCCAGGCAGUGUGUGAGCGCUCAGGACACGACAGAGGUCCUCACAGUUCUGGAGUCCUAGAAGCAUUUUUGAAUGUAAGAAAAAUGUGGAAUGAAGCAAGAAAUGGAUUCAUAAUGUUGGAAAGCAGCAGGUUUGCGCUUAGUACUCGAGAUAUCCUUUAAUUCCACAUCUGUUUCAAGAAGCCAGCUGUUCUUUUAUAGGGGAAAAGAAAAGCUUCGGCUUUUGGCAAACAAAUUCUUCCUGGCAGAGCCUCAGGUCUUCUGCACGGAACUGUUAUGUGGGUGAGUAUUCAGUGACGUUAAAAAAUAGAGAUACAGUAAGAGUGGUGGUGUGGCCUAGGGCUUUUUUUUUUUUCUUGAGUCUGAUCUCUUGGACUAAACUUAGAAUCUACAGAGGUUGCUCACCGAGGAUGGCAGGUGUGUGGCUAGUGAUAUUGACUGGUGUUGAUCAUGUAAAAGCCCUGAUACACAAUAAAAGAUGCAAUCAACCCAAUCUGUUGGGGUUUUUUCCUGCUACUAAGCAGAAGGAACAAGCAACAUGACUAAAAUGAUCUGAUAAGACCAAACUGAGGUGUGUAGCAGGCAAUUGUAAACUUCAAACACUGCGUAUCUCUUGUUCUCUUGACUACUGGUUGAGGUUUAAAGGGUUGCUUAUCAAGGGGAAAGUCAGGUGAAAAACACCUGAUUCCGUGUUAUCGAGUACGUGAGUGAACUGAAGACAUGAAGCUAGGAAGGAAAGCUGGACCUAUUUUGGGGCAAGACUUUGUUCUAGGUAGCAGUGGCUCAAAUAAGGGUAAAUUCUUUAAUAAGAGAAAAAAAAUUCAAUUGGAGCAUUUUGGAAUCAUUCAAUUCCUU